AGGAAGGGGGAGCUGGAGGGGUGGAGACUCUUCGGGCACUCGAAGCUGUUGCAGGGCUGGAAUAACAUCGCUACCCUUCUAUCCGUCAGUAUACAUCAACUUCACCAUGGGGAAGAUGCUCGGACUCUGCGCGGUGGUGCUGGCUUGUAUCACUAUUGGAUCUGCUCUUCAAUGUCUGCAGUGUAAAUUCACCAUUUUCAAUCUAUCCUGCCACACUUCGACUGUCACCUGUAAGAGUGGAGAAGUUUGUGCUGUCAUCCAGGGAAUUGCUGCUGGUCAGAAUCUCAUCAAGAAGAAGGACUGUGUCGCACAGGAUAAAUGCGACAAGAACAGUACCGAGAGCUAUUUGGGCAUCAAAUACACCACCAUCUACCACUGUUGCGAGGGCGAUUUCUGCAAUUCGGGGGCCACCUUGCCCUCUGCUCACAUCUCUCUACCCAUGCUUCUGGUCAUCGGAAGCACCUGGCUCCUUCGCUUCCUCUAAUCCUCUUUAACAGGAAGGAGAGAAAGCACCAACUCUAGAAGAUGCCAAAAAUUAAGCCUGCAAUCCUUCUACUUUUUUUACCUGAAAGUAACGUCCAUGGAACUCCAGUCACGUGCUUUUACAAUUGUACUUUUAUCCUACCAAGCACUGUAUUAAAUAGACACUCUCGCCUUUCCUUUUUAUUCAAAAAUGCAUCUGUGGCUUAAUGGAGCUGUGGCUCCUCUAUUUUAAAGCAUAUGAAUUAAGCUUUAGGAGUUGAAGCUGCCUUAAUCUUUCUCCUCUUCUUCCUCCUCUUUUUUUCAUUAUCUUUUACCUUUUCCAUUCCUUUUCCACUUAUUUUCAUCCUCUGCAAACUUCUCUUUAAAACAGAGUUGGAAAAUUAGUGUCAGACCAACUGCAAGUCUAAUAGUCCCAUCUAGAUGACGGUCAAGGAAUACUAACACCCAUGUCCCUUAGGCCUCUUUUAAGCUUCUUCACCCCUUGAGAUUUAGAAUAGAAUAACAGAGUUGGAAGGGACCUUGGAGGUCUUCUAGUCCAACCCCCUGCUUAGGCAGGAAACCCUACAACACUUCAGACAAGUGGUUAUCCAACCUCUUCUUAAAAACUUCCAGUGUUGGAGCAUUCACAACUUCUGGUGGCAAGUUGUUCCACUGAUUAAUUAAUUUUACACUGCCUUCCUCCUCCUGUACUAAAAACUUCUGCCUAACCUGCUUUGUAUAUUUUUAUUAUUUUUAUUUUUACUCUCUCAGCCUGCAGGAGCAGUGUUGUGUUUCCUCUCCAACGGUCUUAUUUCAUAGGCUUUUUCCCCCGAAUAUGAUCACCAUAUCGCCUUUUUCCUCAGCAUGGGCGGGACCCCCUCGUUCUUCAGCCAGCGUUUCUCCUGAUGAUAGUGUCAUGUCUAUGAGGGAGAUAAGGCAAUGGAGGAUGAGUUCCCUCAAUCCAAUUCCUUCUCCCCCCCCCACUCCCGCCCCACGCUUCCAUCCCACCCCACAUUCCCUUAAAGAAAUAUAAUCUGUGGCAUCCCUAGACAGAUAUUUGGCAGCUGAGCCACAGCAGCAGCAGAGAGAGAGAGAGAGAGAGGGGGGCGUGGAGGGAGGAGGGAGGUUUUCUGAGGCAAACAACCCACUGGAUGGCUGGUGAAAAUAUGCCAAGGGCUGCUAUUUUGGGCUAACCCUGAGCCAGUUAAGUUUUAAAGGCCACAUACAUAACAUUCUGCAGAGGAGGGGCUGUGUUGCCUGCUCUGGCACACACCCCUUCAAGAAGGACAUUGGGAUUUAACCAGUGGUGGGAUUCAGCCAGUUCGCACCACUUCGGGAGAACCGGUUGUUAACUUUCUGAACAGUUUGGCAAACUGGUUGUUGGAAGAAAUCAUUAGGGCAGAGAACCGGUUGUUAAAUUACUUGAAUCCCACCACUGGAUUUAACCCUAUAUAUGCCGACAUUUUUGCCUUUGUCCCUGCCGGCAGUUUUCUUGCAUCUGUAUGCCUGCAACGUCACCCUUAUUUUGCUGGAUUCAGCAGGUCCUUUCAAGCACUUUUGCCUUAUAUAGAUAUAGAUAUAGAUUUUAUAUAUAUAAAAUAUAUUUACGAGAUAUGACAUAAUCUAUAACAGGGGUCUCCAACCUUGGCAACUUUAAGCCUGGAGGACUUCAACUCCCAGGAUGCCCCAGCCAGCAAAGCUGGCUGGGGCAUUCUGGGAGUUGAAGUCCUCCAGGCUUAAAGUUGCCGAGGCUGGAGACCCCUGAUCUAUAAUACUGGCAAUCCUUGACUUACAACAGUUCAUUUGGUGUCCGUUCAAAGUUACAAGGGCCCUGAAAAAAGUGACGUGCGGCCCGUUUUUCACACUUAACGACCGUUGCAGCAUCCCCAUGGUCACAUGAUUCCAACUCAAGACACAUGGCAAAUUGAACUCACGUUUAUGACGGUUGCAAUGCCCUCGAGUCAAGUCAUCGCCUUUGGUGACCUUCUGACGAGCAAAAUCCACAGGGAAGCCAGGUUCCCUUAACGACUUUGCUACUAACUUUAACAAUGACAGUUGAUUCACUUAACAACUGUGGUAAGAAAGGUCGUAAAAUGGGCAAAACUCACUUAACAGCUAUCUCGCUUAGCAACCGAAAUUGUGGGCUCAGUUGUGAUCGUAAGUCAAGGGCUACCUGUAUUUGCGUCCUGGAAUUACCUGGAGGACAGAUAAACCGUCUGCUUUUGCCUUCGUUUUUCCAGUGUUGAAAAUUAUUCCUAUUUCCACAUCAGUUUGCCAGUUUUUUUUUAAAGUCAACAUUUGUAUACCUUUGCUCUGAAUAUAUGGGUUUGCAUACACACUUUCUCCAGUACAAUACAAGUUUUUUUAAAAAAACAUACACAUAAGUAACAAGUUUUGUUUUGUUUUUAGAACGCAAUACAUUUUUACACAUACAUUCCCCACAUGUUUACAUCUUUGGGGUUUUGUUGUUGUUGUUCUGCUUUUUUGAGAUGUGAAAACAACCAUUGAAUUUUAGAUACCGGCAUAAGAUAGACACUCCAUUCUCUGUUUUGGAAGUCCAGGUUCAUUCAAUGUGCUUCAGAACGCAAGCUGAACAGAUUUCUUCUCAUAAUAGUUUGUACUCAAUAAAUGAUGAGCUAAUUAAAUCUCUGAAAACUGGUACAGUUUUCUUCCUGCUUUUCGUUCUCAAAAGGACAAC